CCGCUGCUGAUACGCCAGCUAUCAGCAUCUGCGCCCUGAGGGAAGUACGGACCAAGGCCCCGCAUUGGCAGCGAUAAAGAGGAGCCCAAACCACACCCGAGGGACACGCGUGCUCUGGAGAGGCGGACCCGAGGAGAGGCCGUGCAGAACAGCUCCCGGGAUAUGUAAACUGCCCUGUGGAUAUGCACAAGGCUCCGUGAAGAUGCAAAGGACAGAGGUAAUGGAAAAGGUGUUUUCCAUACCCCCGAAGGAGAGCAAACGUGUUUCUUACAAAGGGAAGCCGGGAAGCACAACGGGGUGCACGCUACAGGAAGCCGCGGCCUCCGGUGAUAAAUAGGAAAGCCUGGAGCACAGGAUGUGUUUCGGGAGAGCUCGGCGGGACAGCGGGAUGUGACUCCGCUGGUCAUUUGUCCACUUGUCCGGCGGCAUGGCCACGCUCCGGCCGCUCCUGCUGCUGCUGCUGCUGCUGGCCUGGCGCUGCGGAGGGGAGGACGCGGAGGUGCUGUGCGCCGACAGCGCCUGCUACACCCUGCACCGGGAUGAGAGCAACUGGAAAAGCGCCCAGGAGCGCUGCGAGGAUAACGGAGGCAACCUGGCGCCAGUGGGCAGCGCGGGCGAGGCCGAGCGGCUGCGGGAGCUGCUGGCCAGCGCCGGCUGGGCCGGCCCGGCCUGGCUCGGGCUCUCCCUGCCCCGGGGUCACUGCGUGCGGCCGCAGGAGCCGCUGCGAGGCUUCUCCUGGGUGGCCGGAGGCGAGCCGGGCAACUUCUCGCAGUGGGCAUCCGAGCCGGCCGUCACCUGCGUGAGCGCCCGCUGUGUGGCCCUGCGGCCGCCCGGCCCGCACGGCCCCGGCGGCUGGGCCGACCGAGCCUGCCGGAGCACGCUCCCGGCUUUCCUCUGCAAGUUCAGCUUCCAGGGAAUGUGCGGGCUCCUGCCGCUGGCCGGCCGCGGCGAGGUCACCUACGCCACGCCGUUCGGGGUGCGCAGCGCCCGCCUGGCCGCCGCUCCCUUCGGCACGCUGGCCGAGGUGCAGUGCGACAGCGGCCGGGCCUCGGCCUUCGCCGUCUGCAAGGGGCCGCUGGCCGGCGGUGGCUUCGCCUGGCACCCGCCGGGUCCCCUGUGCCCGGUGGACUGCGGGCACCACAACGGGGGCUGCCAGCAGCGCUGCCUGGACGCGCCCGGCGAGCCCCCGCGCUGCGCCUGCCACCCCGGCUUCGUGCUGGCCGCCGACAUGGCCUCCUGCCUUGCCGAGGAUUCCUGCCAUCCCAACCCCUGCCAGGGAUCCUGCCGCCCGCUGCCCGGCGGCUUCAAGUGCGGCUGCGAGCCCGGCUACGCCCUGGCAGCCGACGGCCGCGGGUGCUUGGAUGUGGAUGAGUGCGAGUCGGGGCCGUGCCAGCACCAGUGCCACAACAUUCCCGGCGGCUUCCAGUGCCUCUGCCCGCCCGGCUACCGCCCCGCGGGGCCCGCUGGCCACCACUGCCACGACGUGGACGAGUGUGCCCAGCCCCACGCGUGCCCGCAGCUCUGCAUCAACAUUCCCGGCUCCUUCCGCUGCGCCUGCCGGCCCGGCUUUCAGCGGCAGCCGGGGGGAGAGUCCUGCCUGGAUGUGGAUGAGUGCCUGCGGGAUCCGUGUCCCGGCGCCUGCCACAACUUCCCCGGCGGCUACGAGUGCCUGUGCCCGCCUGGCUCCCUCCGGGACGCGGAUGGCCACGGCUGCAGCCCCGGAGAGGCGAUCCCAAACAGUAUCCCGCAGAGCUCCAGCAUCCCACACAGCUCCAGCAGCAUCCCAGAGAGCUCCACCGUCAUCCCGCGGAGCUCCGGCAGCAUCCCACAGAGCUCCGGCAGCAUCCCACAGAGCUCGGGCAUCCCACAGAGCUCCGGCAUCCCACAGAGCUCCAGCAUCCCCCGCAGCACACGCAUCCCAUGGACCACGAGCAUCCCGCGUUCUCUGGGAAUGCCCACCGCGGGACUGGGGGCCGGCUCGGACGAGCACAGCGCCGACGGCCCGCGGCUGCUGCUCUAUUACAUCGUGGGCAGCCUGGUGGCCAUCCUGCUCCUGCUGGCGUUCGCCCUGGCGCUCGUGGCUUGCAGGAAAAGGGCGGCCAAGAGGGAGAAACCUCCGGCCAAAAACGCGGCCGAUAAUUAUUGCUGGGUGCCCGAGCAGCCCGAGAGCCGCGGGGAGCGCAGCUCUGCUCCAAAAGGCAAAUUCGGAAUUGUUGGAUUGCGUUCCUAAAGGAAGACUGCUCACUUGGAAUUCUCCUGCAGCCCCUUGUGCACUGCUCCCUCUGGAUUUGCCUCGUUCCCCUGGAAAAGGGUUUGAAGUUGGGAUGGAAAAGGGUUUGAAAUUGGGAUGGGAAAGGGUUUGAAGCUGGGAUGGAAAAGGGUUUGAAAUUAGGAUGGAAAAGGGUUUGAAAUUAGGAUGGAAAAGGGUUUGAAACUGGGAUGUGCCUCAGCAGAGCUCGAACAGGCCCCUGCAGGCACAACCAGGGUGGGGUUUUGGGGUUAUGUUAAAAAUCUAUCACCUGAAACCAGGGAAAACUGCUCAUCAUGGAGCCAAGGAAUGGCAUAAAGGUAGGAAAAGCUGUGUUUGGAAUAACCACCUCCUCAUUUCCUGAGUAUCCUGCCUAAAUCCACUUCUAAAAAGAGAAAACAAUGCUCUCCUUCCCAUCAGCCACAUGAGAGGCUGGGCUUUUCCUGUUGGAUCAUUUGUUUUGGGAAGGAUCCUUCCCGGCUCCAGGCUGAGCAUGUUUUCCCUCUCUCCCUGUGUAAGGAACACGCUGGAAUGGGAAUAUUUGCUGAUUAUUCUGUGUAAAACUCGUAACUCCCAAAAAAACUCUCUGGGCCAAGUUGCUCCCCAGGUACUUCCCAAAACUCCUUGAGCCUCUUCCAGCCUUUCCAGCGGGAAUUCUGCCCCAAAUCCUGAAGGGCACACCCAGCAGCACCUCCUCCAUGGUUUAUCCAUGCUAUGAAGGGCUGGAAAAGAUCAGCCACGGGAUUUGAAGAGUCCAGCAGGUUCCUGAAGUUUCUGUUGGAGUUAUUUUGUCCCUGGAGCUGAAUUGCUCCAGGAAUGGGAACAGAACACAAAGGAGUUUGUGGUGGGCAGGGAGCUGCAUCCUGUCAUUCCAUGUGCUGAGCAAAACCCUUUCCUGCUUUUUUUCUUGUCUUGGGGCUCCAUUGUGAGCUGCAAACAGGAAAAAUGGAGCUGAUAGGAAUGCUUUCCAUGUGCUGCUUGAGUUGGGAGAAAGGGAGGGAAUGCAGCAGCAGGAUUCUUGGAAAUCCUGCCGAAAAUUCCCAAAUCCCAAGUCAGCAGAGCAUUGGAAAUAGCUGGAUCAAUGAAGGGAAUCCCAUGUAAUUAUGCUGGAUUGGGGUCUGUGGGAAGUGACAGCCUUGGGGUUUUUUAUGGGAUAUAAGGCUAUAAAAAAAAAGAAAAGAAAAGGUGAGGGUGGAACCAGAGGUGGGAAAUACCUGAGGUGAGUUGUUUAUUCCCCAAAAAUCAAAAUCCUGAUUUCUGUUGAAACCUUUGUGUAUUCCAUUGGGGAAUGAUGAUGGAUCUAGGGGAAGACAGGAAUUUGUGCCAAGGUUUACAUUGGAUUCUCCUUAAUGGAAUAUUUCCUGCUGCAGCAUCCUCCCUCCUGGUGCAAUUCCACCUGGAUCCAGCCUCUCUCAUUUUUCCUGCCACAUCUUGAUCCAUGGCCUCCUUAGGGAGUUGUCCAGGGACUGGUGAAUCCCACAAGUUGGAGCAGGAUAAUUUGGUGCCCUGUCUUCCACAGGAGAUGGGAUGUUCAUCCUGCUCCUUGGAAUUUUUUGUUGUGGAUGAGUGUUUUGCUUUCUCAGAAUGAAACUCUUGGAUUUACAGGAUAAAGUUAUCCCAACACCUCUCCCUGGAUGAAAUUCCAAGAAAACCUGAAUAAAAAUGUGUUUGCAGUGGGUUUUAAUAAAGAUAUUCCUAAAAAUCCA